AUGCUCUUCAUCUCUUCUAAAAUAUCACACAAUGAAGUGGCAACGUUCUUAUUCUACAUACUAACAAAAAAUGACGAAAAUGGGUGCCGCAUAGUUGGAUACUUCUCGAAGGAGAAGAAUCCGAGCAGAAACAACAAUUUGUCGUGCUUACUGACCCUUCCAAGUGAGCAGCGGAAUGGAUAUGGACACUUGCUCAUCGAUAUGAGUACGUUUUUCUGUUGGCUCACUAUUGAAGUGGUGGUGCCCUUCGUACUUUUUAGAAUGAGUGUUCUUUGUUGUUUCAAGACUUCAGUUCAUAGCCAUGAAGAUGUCCAAAUUCGUAUUGGGUCUAUUCAAGGUUAUCAGCUGUCUUGCAUUGAGAGAAAGGUCGGUUCUCCAGAACAUCCACUAUCAGACCUUGGCCUGUUCACCUACAGGAAAUAUUGGAAGUCUAGCAUAUUGUGCUACCUGAGGUACGUUCUUCUAUAA